AAAACUUCGGACACCCAGAAGCGAGGGAACAGUAGGGCGACGAGUCAGAACUCCGAAGAGAAGAAGAAGUAGAAGAUGGCUUCUGAUCAGUCAUCUCCUCAUAUCGUUCUCUUUCCUUUCAUGUCCAAAGGCCACACCAUCCCAAUCCUCCACCUUGCUCGCCUCCUUCUCCUCCGCCGUAUCUCCCUUACCAUCUUCACCACCACAGCAAAUUCUCCCUUUAUCCGUCAAUCCCUUGCCGACACAGACUCCUCGUUAUUUCACGUUGUGGACCUCAGCUUCCCUCAAGAUGUUCCCCAAGUCCCACCUGGAGUCGAGAGCACCGACCGACUUUCGUCUAUGUCUCUCUUCGUUCCCUUUGCUAAUGCCACCAAAUUAAUGCAACCUCAAUUUGAACAAGUGCUCCAAAGUCUGCCAAGAGUCAGCUGCAUAAUCUCCGACGGCUUCCUCGGCUGGACUCUGCAAUCUGCGUCAAGGUUUGGUAUACCCAGGCUCGUAUUUUUCGGUAUGAACAACUUCUCCUCGACCGUCUCCCGUGUCGUGGUUCGGGAUGGGCUUCUUGCAAACGUCGGUUCAGAUGACGACCCCUUCACUGUUCCUGCCUUCCCUUGGCUCAAACUCACUAGAAACGAUUUCGAGUAUCCCUUCAGAGACCCUAAACCCGGUGAUCCCCAUUUUGAAUUUGUUGUAGAGCAGAUCGUAGCGAUGUCGAAAAGCCAGGGUACGGUGGUCAACAGCUUCUACGAGCUGGAGCCCGGUUAUUUAGAAUAUUGGAACCGGGAGUUCGAGCCCAAGGUUUGGUGUGUUGGACCUCUUUGCUUGGCCGAACCUCCGACGGUCCAGUCCCUCCAGAACCAGAAGCCCACAUGGAUGCAAUGGCUGGACCAGAAGUCAGCAGAGGGCCGAUCUGUCUUGUACGUUGCGUUUGGAUCCCAGGUCGGUAUCUCAACGGAGCAGUUGAGAGAGAUCACGAUUGGGUUAGAGCGGUCUGAGGUAAGUUUCUUGUGGGUGGUGAAAUCGAAGGAAGUGAAAUUCCUAGAAGAUGGAUACGACUACGAGGAGAGGGUUAAAGAGAGAGGACUAAUCGUAAAGGAGUGGGUUAAUCAGAGAGAGAUACUGGAUCACCAAAGCGUAAAUGGGUUCAUGAGCCACUGUGGUUGGAACUCGGUGUUGGAGAGUUUGUGUGCAUCGGUGCCCAUCUUAGCAUGGCCGAUGAUGGCAGAGCAACACUUGAAUGCAAGGUUUGUGGUGGAGGAGAUGGGCAUGGGUCUGAGAGUUGUUGCAAACAACGGCUCAGUUCGAGGUUUUGUGGAGUCAGAGAUGAUAGAAAAGAUGGUUAAAGAAUUGAUGGAGGGAGAAGAGGGAAAGAAGGCGAGGGAGAAGGUGAAGGAGUUGGAGAAAUUGGCUAGAAUGGCCAUGGAAAAAGGUGGGUCCUCUUGGCGCACGUUAGACAGACUCCUGGAUGAAACCUGCAUGCAGGAGAAGGUGAUUUGAUUUCGAUUCUCUCAUUGGUUCGUAUUCGUGACGGCAUUACCAAAUUGUUGCGUUUGAAAUAAGUAAACGCUGGCCACAUACUAAAGGAUAAAAAUCAAUAGCCACUUGUCCUCGUCUCAGUGAUUAAUGCGUAUUCACUAUGCUGUGAUCGAGUUUCUUGUUUAAAUCUGAUGGUACAUGUGUCGAACAA